AUGAUUUCCUUAAUUUUUUUUCAUAAAUACAGUUGGGUAGUCAUUUAUAAAACAUUUGUGCGACGUAGAAAACUUCAUCAAAAAUCGAGCCGUGUACUCAAUUCUAGGAAUUUAAAUGUAUAUGUAGUUGGAGAGGUUGGACAUCCUAAGGCAAAAGUUGUUCGUAUUGUACAUAUCUCAGACACAAGAGGUGCACAUGAUGCCUUCACUGAAAAUAUUCCUCGUGGACAUAUUUUAAUUCAUUCUGGAGACUUUACAUCUCAUCCGCCUUCACUUAGUCUUCGGCUUUCAACAUGGUGUAGAAGUAUUAGUGGUAAACUUCCACAAUUUAAAAAACGUCGUUCAUCAGCAAAUAAUGAAUGGCAACAGAAAAUUAAAGAAAUUGACAAGUUUUUUGCCCAGCAACCACAUGAUUUCAAGAUAUUUGUGCCCGGAUGUUGGGAAACAUGGUAUCCAGACUCAUCUGGUGAGUAUCCAACUCCUGAGAAAAUUCAGUCUCACCUUACCUCCGCCAUUUAUCUUGAAGAUUCAUGGUGUCGAAUAUUUGGACUGACAAUUUACGGAGUUCCAUGGACUGCAGCUGAUGACUUACGACCUGAAGACGGAGCAUUUGUACAGAAACAUUUUAGUCAUUAUACAAAACUGAAGUUGAAUUCUUCGACUGAUCGUCAACGAUUAAAUGAGUUGCACAAUGGUCAACCGUCUUCCAAACCCACCAGUGAUACUGCUGCUCCAUGCCAUACACACGGAUUUGUUUUACCUAGUAUUGAGGACGUUUCUAAACAGUGGCUGCAUAUUCCCGAUAAUACAGACAUCGUUGUAACUCAUAUGCCUGCAUGGCGUCCGGAACUUUAUCCUCAUAUUGCUGAGCGUGUGAAGCCUGUACUACAUCUUUGUGGUCAUGACUUCGCUGGUUAUGGAGUGAUGUGGAAGAAGGGAACCCUAUUUUGUAAUGCAGCUUUACAACUUACUUCAACAUUUCCAGCCACUGGUUUACCACGUCAUCAUUCCAGAAAAUUAGCUAAACACGACCCGGAUAAUUCUGUUAUAUUCAAUGAGUGCCCUAAUUCAUUUGGAGAUUUUAAAGAACCCCCAUUGUAUAUAGCAAAACCUAAUGGUCGACCUAGACCACCAAGAUGGCAAAGAGGUUUACCAAAGCAUUUAUCACGUUUAUUUUCAACUAAUCAAAAUACUCUUGGCUGUUCUUUUUUUCGUCGAACACAGACAGGCAGUUCAUCUGUUGUAGUUUCACCAACACAGAGUUCAAAAGCUGCUGUAGCUCAUACUAGUGCAGAUGUUGGAUUUAUUUAUGAUCCAGAUAUGCGUGCAGGGAUUGGUGCAAUGGCUAUUAACGAUCCAGCCUAUAGUAGUGGUAUGAAUGUCGGUUAUUCUGGUGGUGGGACAAGUUUAUCAGGCAGUAAUGUAUGCUCUUCUGCAUGUCGACGUAGUCCUAUUGUUGUAGAUGUUUAUGUUGUUAACGAUGAUCAGAGUGUAAUACUGCCGCCGUAUGCUAACUCACUUAAGUUGAAUUUUGAUAUUAAACGAAACAGAAUUACUGAUUGAUUGGUAUCUUGUUCUAUGAGAUUGUUUAUGGCCUCUGGAUAACUUUUUAGAUUUUGAAAUAAUCAACCCAUUAUCUGUUAUGGACACAAUUCAAUGGUAUCUUUUGAACGCCACUAUAAUUUCAUGAUGUGACUUCAUAAUAUUGCAGCAUUGCAAAUUCAGUUCCAAGAACAGUAAAUAUUAUUACAUACUAAUGUGUAUACUUUAUUCAAUCGAUCAACUUAAACCUACAUGAGUUAUUUUUUACAUUUCUUUAUGUAUAAAUACAUUGAUAAUAAUACAUGAAAGUACGUUUUGAGUAUUUUAUAAUAAAAAACAAGUACUUUUU